AUGGGCGAUUUCAACAAUGUAACUAAAUCUAUGGACAGAAUAGGUGGGAACCUAGUGACUAAAAGAGAGUUUGGAGAUCUUAGAAGCUUGAUGGAUCAUGCUGGCUUGUUUGAGAAGGAUAACACAGGAGACUAUUUUACCUGGACAAAUAAACACUCUAUAGGUACCAUUUAUUCAAAAAUUGACCAUGUUCUUGGUAAUAUAGACUGGCUGCAGGAUAAUAUUGAUUUGAAGCUAGAGAUUCUCCCUCCUAGUAUCUCUGAUCACUGCCUUUUAGGCUUGAGUGCUGAGAAGAUUAACAGAGCAGUACACAAAAAAUUCAAAUUUACAAAUAGUGUGGUGAAGAUAGCAGAUUAUCAUGACACUGUCAAACAGAACUGGAACAAAGAGAUUACUGGCAGACCCAUGGCUAGACUGUGGUAUAAACUGAUGAGAUUGCAAGCUCCCCUAAGCAGACUGAGCAAACAGUUUUCAAACCUCCAGCAGACCAUUGUCCAAGCAAGGAAUGAUUUAUUACAAACCCAGGAAAGUCUCAUAAUGGACAGAAUGAAUACUGAGAUCAUUGAGAAAGUUAAAACCUGUACUGAUGAAUUGACCCAUCUGCAAGAACUUCAGGACCAAAUGCUGAGACAGAGGAGAAAGAUUAAUUGGCUUAGAGAAGGCGAUAUGAAUUCAUCUUUCUUCUAUGCUUACCUAAAAUCCAGGACUACAACCACAAAUAUUAGCCAACUCUAUAAAGAUGAUGGUACUUGUAUUCACAACCAGGAAGACAUAGAAAAAGAGGUGCGUGAGUUUUAUGGAAAAUUGAUGGGCACAAGAGAACCUAGAAUAAAUAUGAUUGAUAUUGAUGUCAUGAGGGAGGGGCCUCAACUGUCCAUGGAACAAAGAGCUGAUCUAAUUUCACUAGUGUCUGUUACUGAAGUCACUAAUGCCUUAAAAGGGAUAGGUGACCUUAAGAGCCCAGGUAUAGAUGGUUACAGAGGAAAAAUUUUCAAAGCCAGCUGGGACAUUGUUGAUAAAGAUGUUAUUGAAGCUGUUACAGAAUUCUUUGAGAAGAAUGUGAUUUAUAAAGCUUUCAAUGAAACAAUUGUUACUCUUAUUCCUAAACAGCCGGACGCCAAAACCUUGAAAGAUUAUAGGCCAAUUGCUGGAUGCUCAACAAUCUACAAAAUCAUAUCCAAGAUCCUCACAACCAGACUUGGGAAGGUGUUGGGUAACAUCAUCAGUAAAGCGCAGGCAGCCUUUGUUCCAGGUCAGAAAAUCCAUUCUCACAUCUUACUAGCUAUGGAACUUUUAAAAGGUUAUAAUAGGAAUACUGGUACUCCUAGAUGCAUGGUACAAUUAGAUCUCCAAAAAUCUUAUGACAUGGUUGAUUGGGGUGCUCUUGAAAAUAUUCUUAGUGAAGUAGGAUUACCUAAGAAAUUUGUUGAUUGGAUUAUGACCACUGUGACUACAGUUUCUUAUAGAUUUAAUAUCAAUGGCAAGUAUACUGAUAAGAUCAAUGCUAGAAGAGGUAUUAGGCAAGGGGACCCCUUAUCCCCUCUCCUGUUUGUAAUAAUUAUGGAAUAUCUCAUCAGAUUACUUUUCAGAAUGCAAAAGAAUCCUGAUUUCAACCACCACCAUGUUAAAUGUGAAAGGCUGCAAAUCGCCCACCUAACCUUUGCUGAUGACCUCUUGCUGUUCUCUAGAGGCGAUCAUGUGUCCAUGGAUAUUCUACAAUUAACUUUGAACAAGUUUAUGGAUUCUACAGGUUUGAAAAUAAACCCUUCUAAGAGUAUGGUGUAUUUUGGUAAUGUUUCCGAAAAUGUCAAAUGUGCCAUCCUCCAGCUAACCUCCUACAAAGAAGAGUCUUUCCCCUUUAGAUACCUAGGUAUUCAGGUGACUAGUAAGCGUCUUACUGUUAUCCAUUACACGCCGUUAUUGGACAUGUUAUUAAGUAGGAUAACUCACUGGAGUUCUAGAUUGCUGAGUUAUGUAUGUAGGCUGCAACUCAUCAAGAGUGUGCUCUAUGCCAUCACAACCUAUUGGAUGCAAUGUAUUUGGUUUCCAAAAACUGUGAUCAACAAGAUCAAUGCAAUCUGUCGGUCUUUUCUCUGGACAGGUGGUAAUAUUAUCAGUAGGAAAAGUCCAGUAGCGUGGGAUAAUGUCUGUAAACCACAUGUGAAAGGCGGACUAAAUGUGAUGAAUUUGGAAAUUUGGAAUAGUAUGUUUAUGAUAAAACUUCUCUGGAAUAUCUAUGCAAAAUCUGAUGAUUUAUGGGUUCGCUGGAUACAUGCUUAUUACUUAAGACAUGAAGGUAUUCUGACUAGAAUUGUUAAGGGAUCGGACUCUGGAAUUUUCAAAGCAAUUCUAAUACAAAGGGACAAUCUAGUGACUAUACAGAGUACAUGGAAUGAUAUGCUGCAGACAGGUAAAUUCCAUGGGAGAAAAGUGUAUCAAAGCCUUCUACCUAUUACUCCUAAUGUUGCAUGGGCCAAAUUAAUUCUUCACAAUAGAGCUAGACCCCGUGCAAUUAUUACUCUUUGGAUGAUCUGCCAUGACAAGUUAGCUACCAAGUCUAGACUUUUCAGAUUUGGAAUGCUCAAUAAUAACAAGUGUGUUUUUUGCAAUGAAGAGGAAACCAUUGAUCACUUAUUUUUUUGCUGUUUGGAAUUGAAGCAAAUCUGGAUUGGUAUUCUUCAGUGGAUGGGUAUUCAACACAGUCCAAAAAGAUGGAAAGAGGAAAUGCAAUGGGUUCUAAGAAAUUAUGGUGGGAAAGGCUGGAAAUCUGAUCUGUUUAGGCUUGCCCUUACAGAAACUCUUCAUGAGAUCUGGCUCUCUAGAAAUGAAUCUUGUUUUAAUCAAAGAACUGAUAAAAGGAAGUGCCUAGAUAGAAUUAUAAACAACAUAAUGUAUAGAGGGUGGACUAGUCCUAAGCUUAGACCACAUAUAGCUAGGUUGAUUUUACCUUAA